AUGGCUACCGCUGUGUGCUCAGGCAGUAGCCCCUCCGCUGCUAUUCUUGUCGACGAUGAUCAUACUUUUGAGGAUUCAACCACAAACGAAUGGCAGCGCAGGGUCAACGCAUACCGCCCUCAAGGCAGGAGAAACUCGAUCAUCACCGUCAACAGUGAUUUCGAUGUGGUGGAACUGAAAGAAGAGGACAUCGCUGCCCAGGCGCUCGAGGGCCUGAUUGACCUUACGGUCGACGAUGACCCAGUCGUCCGAGUUCCUCGAAAGCGUCGUCAAGUCCCUCGCGCCAAAGACCCCGAGCGUCAACACGAGAGCAUAAAGAUUGGCAAAACCACCAUCAGGCUCAAGAGACUGUAUGAGCUCGAUCCUGCCCAAUGCCGCAAAUCAGCAUUGGACCCACAAUUCCUCUUGGUUGAAACCAUUACCGAGAACAUGGCUACAAGCAAGAUCACUAUCAGCGGCUUGCCCAUCGUGAGAGUUCGGUCACUCAUGGCGAAGCUGCCAAGAAAGUUGAAUGAGGUGGCCAUCGUCUACGAGCUGGAUGAAACCGACGACAGAGCAAUCAACGAGCAGGCGGUCAUCGAAGUGCCUAUCUCAGCAAUUGUCGGACCUCCCCGAAGCCUCCAUAUGACAAACGCCCUCUACCCGCACCAUCGCUACGAUCCGAAAGCCUUCGUCAACGUAGAAGCAGUUGAGAAGGAAGGUCCGCUAGUGUGCCGGUGGAAAUACUUCGUUCACUACCGACACGCUCAAGAGAAGAGGAUAGGCAAAGCUCAUCACUGGACACUGGAGCGUGUCAGAGCCGAGGAAGUGAAGCGCGAAGAUUUCAAGGUCUCCGAGGACCAGCUGAGAUCUGACUGGAGAGGCUUGACGAUCCGUGGAGGCGCGCAUAAUCCGGAGGCGCGACCCCAGGUGCUUGGACAACCUGCCGAGAAGCAGAAGUACACAGUCUUUGACUCGUUCUGCGGCGCCGGCGGUUUCUCGAGAGGCGCCGAGCGGGCCGGCGUGAAAAUUGAAUACGCCGUCGAUUCCUGGGAUAGGGCGUGCAAUACCUAUCGCCUGAACUUCCCCGACACCAAUCUGUUUGAGAUGACGGUGGAUGAGUUCAUUCUUUCUCAGAAGGAUGUCCCAAUGAGGGUCGAUAUCCUACACCUAUCGCCACCAUGCCAGACCUGGUCACCAGCCCACACGGUUGCCGGCCAGAACGACGAGGCCAACAUUGCCUCCCUUUUCGCAUGCAGGAGCCUGGUUGAAAAGAUCCGACCCCGUGUCUUCACUCUGGAACAGACUUUCGGCAUCAUGCAAUCGGCAUACGCCCCAUUCUUCAACUCUCUUGUCGGAGGAUUCACCGAGUUUGGGUACUCUGUCACCUGGAAGGUAGUCCAUCUCCAGACCUGGGGUCUUCCUCAAGUCCGGAAGAGACUGAUAAUGAUUGGCGCCUGCCCCGGGGAGACGUUACCUCCUUUCCCCAGAGCAACUCACUCCGAGACGGGAGCCGGUGGUCUGUUGAAGUACGUGACCAUCAAGGAAGCCCUCGAAAACAUCAGGGACGACUCUACCUUUCACAACCCGGAGAAUGAGAUCAGGAACACCUUGCCUGCCGGUUCUGUCGUCUCCGACCCCGAUCAAAUCCUGAAGAGAUGUGUCACCUGCUCCGGAGGUCAAAACAUGCACUGGUCAAACACCAGAGCGUACACGGUUCGUGAGUUUGCCAAUCUACAAGGUUUCCCUUUUUGGCACCACUUCGCCGAGGCGCCGAAGUCUGCCCUGAAGAAGCAAAUCGGGAAUGCUUUCCCUGCCUGUGUGGUGCGACCUCUCUACGAGCAUUUAAAGAACUGGCUUCUGGCAGAAGACGGCCUCCUCACGGCUCGAGAAGCGAGACGCAGCGUCGGCGGAAGAGAAGUGGUAUUCCUGACCGAGGCGCCUGCCCCCGCGCCGCGCCGUGUCCCUGCUCCGAUCGCGAUGUCGCCAUCGCCCUUGGGUACCCAGGGAGACUCCGAGAACAACGCCAUGAUGCUCGACGAGGAUGAUGAGGAUGAUCAGACCGAAAUCAAGUUCUACGGGGACUCCGAUAUCGAGAUGGCUGAUGUGCCCGAGGCGCCCAGGAUCUCGGAUACCCCCGACACGCCGCUGUCGUACUACCGGUACCGGUGCCGAUCGAGGACGAUGUCGCUUGGUCCCUCGCCGGAGCCGGUCCAGUUUGGGGCGAAGGACGCGCCUAUCGUGAUUGAUUGA